CACUCGUACCAUCGCUAUCGAACAGCUGUCAGAACGAAACAACGUGAUAGAAAGAAUAGGAAAAAAGCAAUUCGAACAAUUCGAAGCAGCAGCUGGACAAUAGGAAAAACAAAAUAGCAUCUAAUUCGGGGAAAAAUUUAUAAAGUUCAUGCUGCUGCUUAAAUUGCAUUCAGCUGUGUGCAAAAAAGUUUAAAUUGUUGAUUACUAAUAGACGUCGUAACCCGCCAUGGAUUUGCUGAAUUCAAUACUCAAUUCAAUGGAUAAACCUCCCGCAGCCACAGAGCAACAGAAAAAACUGAUCAAAAAACAAAAAGAACUUGCUGAACGAAUAAAAAACAAACACAAAGAGGAACUAAAUCGAUUUCGUAAAUAUGUGGAGGAUCGCAUUGAACGUUUUGCAAAGGACGAUCGCCCGCACAUUGAGUUUCAACCGCUGGACAAGGUGCAUCGUGCCAUUAUACAUGAAGUAGCCGAAUUCGGUGGUUUUAUUGCAAUGAGUUUUGGCCGCGAGGAUAUCGAUCGCCAUUCAGUAGUUUAUAAAAAAGAAAACGCACCAUCGGAGGAUGAAAUAGCUGCACGACGCAAUGGUGACGGGUGGAAUGAAGAAGUCGCCAAAGAGUAUGCUGAAAAGCGAAAGCAGCAACGUGAACUGGAAAGUGAACAAAAAAGACUGGCACGUGCUUCCACCCAACCAACACCCACCACUGAGUCUGACAUUAAACCAACGAGCAACUAUAAAGACAAAUAUGCUCAUCUCAUUGGGCAAGAAGCAGCACUGGAAGCUGCGCGCAAAACAGAGACUAACCUGAGUUAUGGUUUUGUUCCCAGCAAAAAUAAAAAGGAUAUGCGAUCAAUCGAACAAACCUUAGCCGAUAUUCAGGCAAAGAAAAAACGCAAACUAGAACAGCAACAACAGAUUGACAAACCUGAUCUGCAACAUCAUCAUCCACAAGACGUUGUCAAUCAACAACAAAAUUCCUCAAGCACGUAUCAAAGACCAGAAGAACCUAAAAUUGCAGGAAGCAGCGUUAAUUUUGAGGUUCAGUGAUAAUCCAAGUGAAAAAAUACAAUGUAAUUGAACUAAUAAGAUACGCUUGAAAUAACGACUGCUUUGUGUCUUUGCAUCAAUUUGCAAUAAAUUGCAAUAUUUUUACUAUUUACGUGAUCACAACUGAAUUGUUAACUAUUUGAAAUGAUGUUGAGUAAAACCAUAUAAAUACAUUAUAUUGAAAACUUAAUAA